CACCGCCGGCGCCUCUACAUAUCCAACCCCUCCACCUCCUACGACGUCGCCGCCAUCGCCUUUCCCCUUGCACCACCUCCUCCCGCCCCUCGUCCGCAGCCUUGGACAUUGAUUUUUAGGUCUAGAUCCUCCGCUGGACCUUGAGCCGCUGCGGAGAUGGAUCCGAUGGACAUCGUGGGCAAGUCCAAGGAGGACGUCUCCCUCCCCAAAUCAACAAUGUUUAAGAUCAUUAAGGAGAUGCUGCCACCUGAUGUUCGAGUGGCAAGAGAUACACAAGAUCUUCUUGUUGAAUGCUGUGUAGAGUUCAUCAAUCUUCUGUCUUCUGAAUCCAAUGACGUGUGCAGCCGGGAGGAGAAGAAAACUAUUGCUCCUGAACAUGUUAUUAGGGCUUUACAGGAUCUUGGCUUCAAGGAGUACAUUGAAGAGGUUUACGCAGCCUACGAGCAGCACAAGCUUGAUACUCUGGACUCUCCAAAAGCAACCAAAUUCACAGGCGUGGAAAUGUCAGAAGAAGAAGCUGUUGCUGAACAACAGAGGAUGUUUGCUGAAGCCCGUGCAAGGAUGAAGAAUGGGGCAACCAAAUCAAAGGAGUCUGAAAUAGAGCCACAUAACCAAUCACAACAGUCUCUACAACCGCAAGUGCAGCUGUAUCCUCAAGCACAACAGCCUCCACAGCCUCAAGUGCAGCUGCAUCUCCCAGCACAACAGCCUGCACAACCUCAAGUGCAGCUGCAUCUUCCACCACAGCAUCCCCUGCAAUCUCAAGUGCAGCUGCAUCCUCAACCUCAGCAGCUCCUGCAACCCCAAAUGCAGCUGCAUCCGCAGGCUCAACAGCAGCAACCUCUCCAACAGCCACACCAGCCCAUGCAACCACUCCAGCUGCAUCCUCAGACUCAACCACAGCAACUACUGGAGCCUCAAGUGCAGGUCCAUCCGCAGACCAUGCAGCCUCAGCUGCAGUUGCAGCCUCAGUCUCAACCAGAGCAAUCCCUGCAAACUCAACCACAGCUACACGUGCAAACACAACAGACUGCACCACUGCCCCUGCAACCUCAGCCACAGCAACCCCUAGAAUCUCAACCCCAGCUCGAUCUGCAGCCGGAUCUACCAACGCAAGUGCCGGAGCAACCUCAACCCCAGGCGGAGCUGCUAUCACACCCACAGGCGGAGCACGGCUUGGACAGUUCGUGACUCUGUGGUGUAGCCUCGGUACAAGUUCAAGAUGGGGUGCUUAAAGACUAUGUGCGCCUCCUAGACUAUGCUUUAGGUUUGCAUGCUUCAUGUACAAUGUAAAUCCAGUGUGAUUUCAGUUAUGGUGUCUAAUAAUCUGAAGCCCUCUAGUAACUGAUGUACUUACCGUAUUUGGAUACCGUAAUUCUGACUGUCGUCUGUAGCUUCAUGGCAUUUCCUGUGCUGUGUCAGAAAUUUACUUAAUUAUCAGUGUAAUCUCCUAACUUGACAUUUCUCCAUGGUGAUAGUGAACUAGUAGUGAUUGAUUUCAGUGAGCUAA